GCGACGGACGCGCGUUCCCGGGCUCGUGACCGCUGGCCGCCCCGGGAACCGGCGCCCACACAGCCUUGCGGAGAUGGCAGGCGGCGGGGACAGGCUCGUCAUGGGCACCCUCCACCUGCUGCUGCUGCUGACGGCCGCCCUGUCCCCGGCAGCCGGGAGUGUGAGUCGGGGCGCCUCUGCCUGGACCGAGGACAAGAAUCAUCACCAACCAGCUAUUUUGAAUUCAUCUUCUCUUCGGCAAAUUGCAGAAGGCACCAGUAUUUCUGAAAUGUGGCAAAAUGACUUACGACCAUUGCUGAUAGAACGAUAUCCGGGAUCCCCAGGAAGCUAUGCUGCUCGACAGCAUAUCAUGCAGCGAAUUCAGAGACUUCAGGCUGCCUGGGUCUUAGAAGUAGACACCUUCGUAAGUAAGACGCCCUAUGGAUACCGGUCUUUCUCAAAUAUCAUCAGCACCCUCAACCCCACUGCUAAACGACACUUGGUCCUCGCCUGCCACUACGACUCCAAGUAUUUUCCUCAUUGGGACAGCAGGGUGUUUGUGGGAGCCACUGAUUCAGCCGUUCCUUGUGCAAUGAUGUUGGAACUUGCUCGUGCCUUAGACAAGCAACUCCUUUCCUUGAAGGACAUCUCAGACUCCAAGCCAGAUCUCUCCCUGCAGUUAAUUUUCUUUGAUGGAGAAGAGGCUUUUCUUCACUGGUCUCCUCAGGAUUCCCUGUACGGAUCUCGACACUUAGCUAUGAAGAUGGCAUCCACCCCACAUCCACCAGGAGCAAGAGGCACCAACCAAGUGCAUGGCAUGGACUUAUUGGUCUUAUUGGAUUUAAUUGGAGCUCGAAACCCAACAUUUCCAAAUUUUUUCCCAAACUCUGCCAGAUGGUUUGAUAGACUUGAAGUAAUUGAACGUGAACUUCACGAGUUGGGUUUGCUCAAGGAUCACUCUAUGGAGAGGAGGUAUUUCCAGAAUUUUGGUUAUGGAAAUAUUAUUCAGGAUGACCAUAUCCCAUUUUUAAGAAAAGGUGUUCCAGUUCUGCAUCUGAUAGCAUCUCCUUUCCCUGAAGUUUGGCAUACCAUGGAUGACAAUGAAGAGAAUUUGGAUGAGUCGACCAUUGACAAUCUAAACAAAAUCAUUCAAGUCUUUGUAAUGGAAUAUCUUCAUCUGUAAUAUUCUGAUUUAGUUCAUGGCAAUUGCUUCUAUAUUGAAUUCUAAGGUCAAGACACCAUUUAAAAUAAUCUGAUAGGACUGGAGGCAUGGCUCAGGUGAUAGAGUGCUUGCUGAGCAAGUGGGAAGCCCUGAGUUCAGCACCCCCCCAAUAAAAAAUAGUGUGAUAAAUGUGGUAUAGAAAUAUCUAUCCUAUAGAUUCAUUCUGUAGGUGUCUUUGAAUAUGUGAUCAGUGAAUCAUAGAAUUAUAUAUGUCCUCAACUGCCCGUUAAUUUUCUUUUAGCGAGAAAAGGGAGCAUGUGAGGAAAACAAAAUAUGUAUCUUUUUGAAAUUCCUUUAGAUAAAAACUAUGAAAUAAAGUCAGAAUCACUUGUCAAUAUCAUAGACUUUUAUAUAGUACUUAAGUUUAAUGUUGGUGUGCAAUAUGUAACCAUAGUUUUAUGAUUUUUCAUACUGGGGAAUCUAUCCUAUAGUACAAAACAGAGGUGUACUUUGAAGGAUCUCAUAUUUCUUGGAGAAAUCUUUA